GUCGGUCGAGACGGGAACAAGAUGGCGAUCCCGGGCCGGCAGUAUGGGCUUUUAUUGCCGAAGAAAACACAGCCCUUGCACCGAGUUUUGCAAAAACCGUCAGUGUUCGGGAAUGAUUCUGAUGAUGACGAUGAGACCUCCGUGAGUGAAAGCCUUCAGAGGGAAGCUGCUAAGAAGCAGGCCAUGAAACAGACCAAACUGGAGAUUCAGAAAGCUCUCGCGGAAGAUUCCACUGUGUAUGAGUAUGACAGCAUUUAUGAUGAAAUGCAGAGAAAAAAGGAAGAAAGUAAUCCCAAACUGCUUUCAGGAAAAGAUCGAAAGCCCAAAUAUAUUCACAACUUACUAAAAGCAGUUGAGAUCAGAAAAAAGGAACAGGAAAAAAGGAUGGAAAAGAAAAUACAGAGAGAACGAGAGAUGGAAAAAGGAGAAUUUGAUGAUAAAGAGGCGUUUGUGACAUCUGCUUAUAAAAAAAAGCUUGAAGAGAGAGCUGAAGAAGAGGAAAGAGAGAGGAGGGCAGCUGCCCUGGAAGCACGUUUGGAUGUGACCAAGCAGAAAGAUCUCAGUGGAUUUUAUAGGCAUCUGUUAAAUCAAGCAGUUGGUGAAGAGGCAGUUCCUAAGUCCAGCUUUCGUGAAGCCAGGACUGGAAUAAAAGAGACGCUCAGGGAUUGCUCUGAUGAAACAAAUUCAGAGAACAGACCACCACAGCAGAACUGCAUUCUCCAGAGUGGGAUAAAGGAAGAGGAGGAAAACCCAGAUGCUGACAGCGAUUUUGACACUAAGAGUAGUGACGAUGAUGAAAGGAGAGAAAAUAAAGUCAACCACAGAAGGGAAGAAGACACAGAAGCCUCUAGGAAACACCCCAAACCCCACAAGAAUCGGAGCCACUCACGAUCAUCUAGUGAAGAAAGAGGGCAAAGUACCAAGCACCGCUCCAGAGGUGCCAAGUCAAGAGGGCAUGAGCAAAAGGCAGGCCAGCACCAGGACAGACCGUCCAGAGGCCAAGACAGCUGUCACCUGGAGCGCAGCCAGCGCGGAGAAAAGAACUCUCAUAGGCACAGAGAGGCUGAUCAUAAAGAUCACUACCAGAACAGGCAUGAGCAAGAAGAGAAGCUGAAGGGGCGGGAACAGAGAGAAAGACAGGACAAGGAGAAGAAAAGGGAGAAAUACUCCUCAAGAGAACAAGAAAGAGACAGACAAGGAAAUGACCACAACCGAUACAGUGAGAAAGAAAAGAGAAGCAGAGAAAAAGAAGAGCAUAUGAAAGGAAAGAAGGAAAGAUAUGAAAAUAAUGGUAAAUACAGAGAGAGGGAAAAGCAAGAAGGAAGUGGUCACUCUUCAGAGAGAAAUCAGGACAGAAGGGAAAACAGCCCGAGGCCUAGACCAAAGGAUGACUUUCUUGACCAGGAAAGAUCCAGCAAAAUGAAAAACACAGAAAAGGACAAAGGGGACCAAGGGAAGCCCUCUCGUUCUGAAACAUUACUAGCAACAAAACACAGACUGGAAGAGGAAAGGCCAGAGAAGAGCAGUGAACAAGAGAGGCCCCCUGAGGCCAUGAGCAAGUUUGCAAAGCGGAGCAAUGAAGAAACUGUGAUGUCAGCUAGAGACAGGUACUUGGCCAGGCAAAUGGCGCGGAUGAACGCAAAGACUUACAUUGAGAAAGAGGAUGACUAAUGGCUGCAGGACCUGCAGUUCCUGGGAAGCAUAGAGCACUGUGAGCUUUAGAAAAGCACAUGACUGUGUGAGCACUUGUGUUUUCAAAAUUUGUGAGCUCAGAUGUCAGUUCUUUCAGCUUCAGGGCUUGGCUGGACUUGUAGUAUCGUUUCUAAACUGUUGCACUUUCUUGAUUACACUCAAGAAUUGGAAGGUGUUAAAUCUUCCCUAGGUUCUUUAUAAGGAAAACUGACUUCACUGUAACCAUUAAAAAUAGUUCUUAUAUAAUGUUGCUUUUGAGUUUUUUUGUUAUUGUUUUGUGUUAACUAUUUAUUUUACCUGUAUGCGUGCUUUGCCUGCCUGUAAGGCAGUGCACCAAGUGGGUAGGUACCUAGUACCUGCAGAGAAGGCCGGAAGAACUGGAUCCCCUGGAACUGAAGUUAUACAUGGCAAACCACCAUGUAGCUGCUGGGACGCAAAUCUGGGGCCUCUGUAAGAGCAGGCAGUGCUCUUCACCACUGAGCCAUCAUCUCUCCAGCUCUGAGGGUUUGGGUUUUUUUUAAUUCAGCUUUUGCUUGGGGGGUGGUUGAAUGUUUUUUUUUUUUUUUAUUUUGGGGGGUGGGUGUUGUUGUUACUGAGACAGUAUCUCUCCCUUGUUGCCCAAGCUGCUCUGGAACUCCUGUGCUCAAGGGUCUCAGCCUCUCAUGUGCUAGAACUACAGGCAUAUGACCGACCCCAUGCACAGCUGGUCAUGUUUCUCUUACUGCAGAAACGAAUUUGUAAAUAUUACCUUGUAAGUUUGUAAAAUGAAAAUACAUAAACUUUAGAAGUAUAGAAAGUGGUAUAUGCUCAGACAUUUGUGUUGAAAUGUAACGUGUAUCAUGCAUGUGUCUAAACAACAUUUUGAUCACAGCACACUUGCUUAAAUAAAACCACGGUGAUGUGCGCCUGCAUUUAAUUCAUUUUUUACUUAGUUUAAAUGUAAUUUCUGGGGUAGGAACAAGGCUCAGUAGUGGAACUCUUGCCUGACAUGCACAGGCCCUGGAGUUGCCAUAAUUAAUAUAAUAUGAAAGAGCAGUAAUUUUAUUCAUGUUUAAUUUUGUUUAGAUGUCACUUUAGUUUGUAAGUUUGUAUUUUACAAGUUCCUAAAUUGUGUAAGUAAAUCUGUGAGCUGAGAAUGAAAAGAUGUUUCGUAUACUCCAACAAGGAGACUGAAGCUUGUUAAAUUUCCAUCUCCAUGUUCAAAUAAAACUACAAUUUCUGAACUAA